CCCACCUGGAUCCGCCAGGGACUCUUGCCUCUCAUGAUCUGGCGACAAAAUUCGGACUCACUUAAUUGGUCGGAACUCGGAAGCAUUGGAUUUAAAUGUAUUUGUGUGCGUACCAUGUGCCGUAAGUGACAUUCCAGACUCCCGUACUAUACUAUAUUGAUCAAGCUCAUUCAGCUUCAUCUAUCUCUGAAUGGGGUUCAGUGUAAUACUAGUACCGGUACCGUACUACUACUACCGGUAUACUACGACCGCAUGCAUGCGCUCUACGAUACGAGAUUACGAAAUGGUAAACACACCAACACAUCAAUGACGAAUACAAGGAUGUGUGAAAACCAAGUUACAAACAGUGUCAGUAGAGAGGACUGUGGCUACGGCUUGGUGUAAUUUUGUAUUAAAGACUUCAUAAAAUACUGUGGGCUCUAAGCGUGAAAUGUUAAUCAGAGAUGAAUGAAAAUUACGAAAUGUGGCUUUCACAUCCAGCGUCACUGGACAAGUAUCGUUAUCGAGGUCGUUGAACCUCAAGAUAACCAGCUAAGAAUCAUACCAUGUUGCCAGUCGGUCUCCAAGAUUCUGAACGGGAGCAGGCUAUCGUUCAUUCCACAAAUCAACUUAAUAUAUCAUUGACUUCCGGUAGUGUAGGUGGCCUAAGUGGUGUUAGCAAUGUUGGUGUUCGAGGAACCCUCCAACGAAAUCCUCAGCUGACUGCUGAAGAACGUCAACUCAGGAGUAGAUAUCGGAAGAGGCGUAACCGUAUAGGACUCCUACUUAUCUUUGCCACAUUACUUCUAUUUGCUGGACUUGUCAUUUGUGUGAACACAAAGGAGUACAUCGCCGGAGCAACGAUCAGUGUAAUUGGAGUUCUUCUUGGAAGUUCUUCCAUGGUACUUUGUCUUCUUACAACAGACUCUUGCGGGAGAGUGGGUGGUCUUCAUGGGAUCAGGGAACGAGUAUCGAGUUACUCGCGAUCAAGCCGACGUCGGAAUUCAACCAGAGAUCGUGCCAAUAUCCAGGGGUUGCAACCUCAUGAUGGGGAUGGUGCAACAGCAUCCAUUGCAAACUCUUCCAUCAAUAUUCAUGAAACAUUAAUGUUACAUUCACUUUCACCAUCGUGUAGCUUGUCAGGAGAUUUCUUAAGUCACCUUCCACCGCCAUUGUACGAGACCGCAGAGAUUUUACGACGGGAGGACAUUGGGGCUGAUCACAUGUUAGGAGAUGUACAAGGUGCUGCCGGUGGCUCUGCCAGUUUUCAGUACUAUAAAGUGAGCCAGACGGACAUCCACGACAACCCAUUAGCAUCGUCAUCAUCAACCAACCUUGCCUCAUCAUCGACUGCCCCCGUCUCAAGCCACAUGUGCGAGGAAUGCGUCCAACGUCAGCAGCAACACCUUGAUGACAGUGGGGGUGCUCAAAGCCACCCUAUACCACCUGAAGAACAAAUAUUACUAGCGCCAGCUAUAGUUGUUGAAUUACCAACGUAUGAUGAGGCAAUUGCUGAAGAUAGGUAGCAGGCAAAGUGUGUUUGGCAUUGCUUGUCAGCAGCUGUAAUGAACUAUUUCAUGAUGAAAUUUCAUGCUAAAGAAACUGAAACUUUAAUGAAAAUUAUAACUGACAUGUCAGAAGAAUGAAAGUUAUAAUCCAUCAAUGUAUUUAUACUUCUCACCAUACAAUUUAGACCAUUACUUCAAGAUUGUUAAUAACUGUUGUUUAUUUAUUUCUACCAAACAACUGAUAUGAGUGAAAAUAGCAUGUACUCCAUUCCAAGGGCUAAAAAUUGGCUUCCAUCAUUGAGUCUUUUCUGAACAUGAUUUUUUUGGAAAAAAAUUGUCUUAUUUGCAUGGUCAAAUUUUAAUGAUUAUAUUCUCUUUGUAUGCUUAUACUACAGCUAGAGCCCCUUUUUCAAAUAUGACCCUAAUAAAUAAGUAUGCAACUUACGUGUAAGUGAUAAAAUUCAUAACGAUACAACAUUGGUAUUCUCAUAAUGUGAUCAUAACAUAGGAUGGGGAAAACCUGUUUAUUUCUUAAAUAUACUUCAAAUCGUAACUGUUCUUCUACACUCAUACUCAUCUAUCCAAGACAAUUCUAUAUCGUUUAAUAAAUACCCCAGGUAAAGGGAAAGACCACCCCUGAUACCAAAAGUAGAUUGAGUAAAAAGAGAAAAACCAAACAAGCAUAACGAUGAUAAUUUUAAAUCAACCUUUUUGUUGGGAUGGACUUGUCCUCUUGUAUGUCGCAUUGGAAGAUACGCAUGGCUAUCUUAUGUGAUAAUUGGUUAGAUACGAGUAAUAAUGUUUUUUUUAAACACAUCUAUAUACAGUAUGAUAUAUAUGUUACUCUGUUAUGAUUUUUUAAUGUCAUCUUCCUUUUUUUAGAUUUAUUAUUUCCGCUUGUAGUACUAAGAUGUCUUUUUUUCUACCUUGAUGCUGCUGAAUUGAUGCUUGAGGCUGUUCUAUGUUUCAAUUUCAUAUUGUGUCUUUAUAAGUAUUUCAAAGGAAAAUUAUCCCAGAGCAAUCUGAAGAGAAGUUGAAAAUCAAGGAUGUGUCUACAUGUCUAAAUGAUUGAGGAAAAGGGAACAAGUUAUUUGAAGUCCUAACUUAUGAAUAUCUGCAAUUCUGAAAAUACCUUUUUUUUUAAAUUAAGAGAUUUAAUAAAACACAUAUUUAUUAUAUAUGUACAGUACAUGAAUAUUAUCUCUGAUAACUUAUGCAAUUGCAAAUAUUUAUUUUAACCAUGUCCAAUUAAUGUAUGUUUGGACAAUGUGAUGUUCUGCUAGUGUGAUUAGCAGAUAUUCAGAACUCCUAUUAGAAAUUUGAAUUCAUUCUCCAUGAAAUUUUGAGGGCAAUGAAAGAUAAUUGAAUUUCUCUACUUGAAAGUUCAGAUCUAAGAAGAAAAAAAAAACAUUUAAAGAAUGCAGGUGAAAAUACAGUACCAACAUACGAUCCUAUCCUAACAGGGGAUAAUUAUUCUGAUUUCAGAUAUGUAUUAGUUUAGCCAUUUUUGUUUUACUAUCAUAAAUAUUUCGUUAUUUUGUACAUGGUGUUUUAAUUCUUUGCACGCUGAAUUAAUUUUUGGGGGAUAAUAAUGACAAUUGUUUUCAUGUUAUUUUCUUUAAUUCAAGAUAUCCAUAUUGCACCAAUUAUACUUAUGUAAAUGUUAUCCAAGAACUACUGCCUUUUAUUAGCCUAUCUAAUUUGUUAGGGAAGAAAACUAAUUAUUACAAUUGUUGAAUUUAAUUGUACGAAUGUGCAAGAUUGCCACAUCAGCGCGUAAAGUGUAAAAAAAAAGCUGUUUCAAUUUCUGCAUGAAGUUGAAAUUAGGUGAAAUUUGAUAAGCAAAAAGAAAAAAAGUUUCACUACAGAUGAAGUUAUUUUGGGUCCCAAGAAAUUUGACCAGCAAAAAACAAAACAAGGGGGGGUCAUUAAAAAAUGUUAGCCCUUUGGGUUAUGUUCAUGCACUUUGACACACCUACCAGAAUUCCAGGGGGUAUUGCCUUUGGAAAAUAAUGCACGCAGCACCCCCCCUGGAAAAUCUUGGGGGUACCACCCCCACUUCCCACGGCCAUGGUGAGAUCCAAUCUGGGUUAACUAACAUCUAAAUACUAAGUUUAUUAUUUGUUGAAAUCAGGGUGCAUUUGAUGAAGAGUUACCAAAAUAAUGGUGAUUUUCACCUCAUAACUACCAUGGUAACAGUACUUGGCAACCAAUCAAGGUUUCCAUGGCAAUUGCCAUAAUGUUAAAGUUACUGUAAUUGUAGGUUUUUAUGAAAUGGACCUCUCAAACAGGUGAUGUUAUAGUCACAUUUACCCUGCGGUGCCCUCAUGGCGAGUCGAAAAUAUCUGUGUUAUUUAUCUACAUGUAGCUAGUGCAAAAAUGUUAGAACGGGCCGUACGGCCACUGCGUGGGAAAUGUGAUUGCCCCAUAAGAAGAUAUUCAUUUACACAAAGUGAAAGCAUGAGCAAUAUGGGAUAUCUCUUAUAGGAGAAGGACAGUUACUAAUCGUGUGUAACAUAAUUUAAAAACAUGUAGAAGUGUCUCUUGAAACAGUCCCCUGGGAUAUUAUUUCAAAUUUAUAUGUCAUUUGCAGGAAGACAGGGUAAGAAAGAGAGGUGGAGGGGACAGAAAGUGAGACUGGAAGGUGAAUUUCAAUUCUUUUUAUAUUUACAUGUAUGCUCUUUAAAGGAUUCGUCAUAAUAACCAAUUUGUUGGUGAAUAUUGGUUAUUUUGACCAAUUGUUUAUUAAUGUGUCGGGCGUCGUGGUCUAGUGGUUACGACAAUCGUCUUUCAAUCAGAGGGACGUGGGUUCGAAUCCCAGCCAUGGCAUGUUUUCCUAAUUCAGCAAGAAAUUUACCCACAUUGUGCUGCACUCGACCCAGGUGAGGUGAAUACUGUAGGUACCCGGUAGGAUUUAUUCCUUGAAUGCUUUAGCGCCUAUACGGUGGCUCAGCUGCAGCCGGGGCAAUAACAUGAUACCAAGUAUCAAGUGCAGUCGAGUAUAUGUAAUUGUAGUAGCUGUGCUAUACAAAUGGAACAUUUAUGUUUUUUCCUUGCCCAGCUUUAGUAAUUGGAGCGAUAGAGAUAAGAUGUUUUGUGUAACCUGUAUUAUAAUUAUCGAUGUGUUUAUUUUACACAGAAUUUGCAAAGUUUUCUUGCAAACAAAUCAAAUAAUGAUUUUUAACAAUUUCAUAUCUUGAUAGAACACUACUAAUACUUUUUAUUUGUUUAAUGUAAUAAACAAUUUUUUUCUAUCAAAAUGUUUCUGAAUAAUGGUACAUUAAUGAAAAUGUAUCUCUUUGGUAAUUAAGUACUAAUUUUUAGGUCAAAAUGAUAUGUCUAUACAAUCCCGCAGCUUUCAUGGCAUUGUCAGCAUUUUCACUUCAAAGAAUUGCUAAUGUGAAACCGUUGAACGGUGAGUCUCUAUUCUUUUUUUUGUUAAUGUGUAUCAAUUCAAAUAUAAUGUCUGCUGCAUAAUGUGAACCUUAACACUGUUUCAUUCUUUCCAUUGAUGUAGAUGUACAUGUAUACUGUAGAUAGGAAUCUUUAAGAGCAUAUUUUUGUGCAAUUUUGUAACAUAGAGAUGCAUUAAAAAUAAAUAAAAAGUCAGUAAAAUGUAA